AGGUUUGUCAAUCUUCUCUCUGUGUAUUUCUCGGUUCUUUGAGGAACCUUUUAGAAUCUCGCCUGGUAGAGGAAUGGGGUGUAAAGCUGCACUGCUCGUAGCAGUGGGUCUUGUUAUGAUCUUUUGCGCUGUACAAGCAAAUGAUGUGCAGCAACAAAACGCGAAGCGAAAGAUGGUCAAUCCAACGAACACGCCAAAAACUCUGUCUGAUGUGGUAAACAUGUUGAGGAAUUUAGAGAAAAGAUCCAUUCGACAGUUUGAAUCAAAACGUUCUUUGCUGCUUCGAGGCCGUAGAGGUGGUCGCGAUGGUUCACCAAGAAAACCAGUCAAACAUCGACGCUAUAGACGAGAGGCUUUACCAGGUUUUGAUUUGCGACUUGUUGGUGGAACUCAUAAUAACAGUGGUCGUCUUGAAAUAAGAGUCAAGGGACAAUGGGGCACAGUUUGUGAYAAGGGCUGGGAUAUCAAUGCUUCGAAUGUCGCUUGUAGAAUGCUUGGAUUUGCAAGAGCCCUGAAAUUCCAAAAGUUUCAGCAGGGAAACACAGCACAACCAAUUUGGCUUCAAAACAUAUCAUGCGUUGGCUGCGAAAGGUCUCUUGACGAUUGCUAUCAUCCUGUGUGGGGUUCAAAAUCUACCUGCGACCACAGUAAUGACAUUGGAUUAGUUUGUCUCCCAGACGGGCCACCAAACCUCUCCGCCAAAGUGAUGGCGGAUGGAAGAAUUGAGAUUAGUUACUAUGGAGUUAACAGAUCCAUUUGCUACGAUGGCCUUGAUACGAAAGAUGCAUGGGUAAUAUGUAGAAUGAAUGGAUAUAACGAUGUUGCGUACAUUACCCAAAUCCCUAGUCAAGCAGGAAACCCAAGGACAGAAGAAGUAUGGCUUUUAAAUAUGGCUUGCAAUGGAUACGAGAAGUCCAUCAAAGAAUGCAGUAAUUCCUGGAACUGGGAAAACAAGAAUUGUGAAAAAAAUAACAACCUACGAGCUGGUAUUGUGUGUAAGAGAGUUAAAGAUCCACUAGAUGUUGAGUUCCGUCUUGAGGACGUGACCACUGCAGCUCCAUAUUCUGGACGCCUAACUGUGAAAUAUUAUAGAAUCUGGGGAAAUAUAUGUGCUAAGGAUUUAAAGCUAGAGGACGCACAUGUGAUCUGCAAAAUGCUAAACUUUACCGGAGCACUGACUAUUUCUCAUUGGGGUAAACAUACUGGUAACUUAAGUUUUGAGCUUGUCAAUCACUGCAAAGGAACAGAAACUUCCAUGAAAGAGUGCCAAGGUUUAAAGCUAGAACAGGUUAACACAUGUGAAGGAGACAAUUACGCCGGGGUUGUUUGCACUCCAAAAACUGUAGGCACACCAACACCCUUACCUCAGAAUGUACGUCUCAGAGGUGGUUCAGACAAUGCAAGAGGCCGAGUUGAAGUGAAAAGACACAAAGUUUGGGGAACGGUUUGCAAUUCGGGAUGGGACAUGCGUGAAGCUAAUGUAGUAUGUCGUAUGAGAGGUUUUGAUAGCGCAGUUACAGCUUAUAAGUCAUAUGGCGAAGGAACUGGGCCAAUAUGGAUGUCUGGGCUUCAAUGCAAAGGAAGUGAAAACAAUAUUGAGAAAUGCACUAGUGAUGGGCAGGAAAAGACAACUUUAUGUAACCAUGGCAUGGAUGCUGGAGUGGUCUGCCGUCGUUAUAAAGAUAUAAUAACAGUCGAUCUGGAAAAUCGAACAUCAGACUAUGAUGGCAGAGUGACGUUAAAGGUAAAGGGUAGUGCAGGAUCAAUUUGUGGUAAUGGUUGGAACAAAAAGGAAGCAGAUGUCGCUUGUCAAAUGGAAGGAUUUAAACAAGCUUUAGUACCCAUCAGCCAUUUUGGAGGAGGACCAGCCAAAAUCUGGUUGUCAAACGUACGCUGUAGCAAUAGCGACAAAUCACUGAAAGAGUGUAAUCAUGAUGGAUGGAUAGACAACUCAUGUCCUAAAAAUCACCAUGCAGGAGUGAUAUGUGAACGGCCUGGAGUCAACGACCCAAAUUUUGGUAUGAGAUUGGUUAAAGUACCAGGAACAAUCCUAAGUAAAGUUGAAGUCCAGUACUAUGGUGUUUGGGGAGCUGUGUCUGCAAACAACUGGAAUCUGGCUGACGCUAAUGUUGCGUGCUGGAGAAACAACUCAGGAAAAGCAUCAACAGCAGGAAGUCUUAUGAACGAUGAAAAACUUCCCAUUCUUAUAGAUAAUCUUGAUUGCCGAGGAAGCGAAAAUUCAAUAGAAGAUUGUGGUUUUAAAUGGGGUAUCUCUGGUGCUAAACAGUCCAAAGUAGCUGCAGUUGGAUGCACCCCAGUUACAAUUGACGAUAAAAACUCAAUGACAGCGGCAAUAGGACCUGGACAGAAUACAGGACUUGGACAAGUGGAAAUACGAUACAAAACUAACGACUAUGCUGUUUGUGGUGAUGACAGAUGGGACAUAAAAGAUGCAGAUGUGAUCUGCAGGAUGAACAAUUUUAAAUACGGCGCAAUGGCAGCGAUAAGAAAAUACACAAUUGAUCCAAAGAAGCCAUUCCUUACAGGAUUUGAAUGUCGUGGCACUGAAACUGGAUUAGACGAGUGUUUCCGUGUUCAAUCUUGGACUUGUUCAGGAAACUUCAUCGCAGGUGUUAUGUGUAAACCAAAUACAGGUGUACGGCCACAAAUGAAACUGCGGUUAGCAGAUAAUGGACGUGUAGAGGUAUCGUAUGGUAAUAAAUGGGGAACAAUAUGCAAUGACGGUAACAGCCAGCAAAAUGCUCGGGUCAUAUGUCGCAUGCUCGGGUAUGUCGAUUUUGGUGUGUAUGGUUCAACGUCCAAAACAAGUGGCCUAAUCUCUUGGCUUGGAAACAUGCAAUGCAGAGGAACUGAAAAGUCCAUUGAAGAUUGCAAACCUAGGUGGGGAGAAGCAACUUGUAAUGAUGACAAAAUGCUUAGAGUCACUUGCAAGAUAGCUGAUGCUCCUCACUUCCAAAUCCUUGGGAACGAUGCUAUUGCCGAAUCAACUGUCAAAAUCCACUUUCAGAACCUUGGAUCCAUUUUAGGCUUAAAAGCCAUCUAUCAAAUUGCUGUUGAAAGGAGACCAUACGAAGAGCGUCUCCAAUCCUUUAAUACUCAACAAAAGCGCUUCGAAUUUAAGAUAAUAAAUUACACCACAAGUGCUAACCUUAAACACGAAUCUUACAUUACCGCUGAAAUAGAUAGUUCAUAUCUACUCAAGAACAACUUUACCAUUGGUGACCUCAGUUUUACCCACGGAAAUGAUGGGUUUACUAAUGAGCCGCUUCAGCCAGAGACACCAUACAGAGUAUAUGUGAGGAUCGCAACUGACUCUCAUGAUAAGACAAGGAUUUAUGGCGAUUAUUCUUUCGUGGCCUUCAAAACAAACAAAGUCUUUAUUAAAGGUCGAGCUAAAAAAUCAACCUCAAGAAGUGAUGGAGCAGUGAUAGGAAUGUCUAUUCUAAUAAUAAUAUUGAUUGCUGUUAUCAUCGGUGGCUCUGUCUGGUUCUUCAGAAGACAAAGGAAUGAGGAAGUGCAUGCUUCUGAUAAAAGUCAAGGACUUGAGAUGACAGACUCUCCCGCAGAAAAAGAUAAUAAAGCUGGCAAUUAGUUUUUGGUAACUCGUACACGGAUUGCUCGUAACAAGCAAGAAAACGAGUCUCCUUUGUACGUUGAAAUCUCGAAUGAGCCGCAAUUAAGCUAAAAAUCAUAGUUUCUCGUAAAUGAAUUUAGAAAAUUGCGUGCUUUGUUUUAUUUUCAUUAACAGAAUAAUAUAAAAGAGAAUCUAAUAGGAGUUUGAACAAGCUAGGGAAAUAGCGCUGUAAACAGUGCUGUUACAGGCUAGGUCAUCUGGUGUCUCUGAAGGUAGACACAGGGACCCCAGUAACAAUGUUCUUACUCAUUCACAAUCUACUUGUUUACUCCAUAUUUUUCAGAUUUUCGUAAUAUUGGUUGCCAUUCAUUAAAUAAAUAGUUAAAAUAUAACCAAAAGGAAAACUAUUGAAAUUCACAAUUGAAUUAAUUAGGGUACUUAAAAUAAUGAGGGUAUAAAAUGAAGGUGUACAUUUUGUAAGCAUAA